UUUUUCGCCGGGGUCGCAGUCUUGAGGCCGAUCAAGGAGCAGGCCAUCCCAAUAUUCACACCUUGACUCUUUUUUGUGACUCAGAUAAAAAAAAAACAUCCAAUACUCCAGAAUUGACAGCUUAAGAACCGUCGAAAUCAUGUCUGAAUAUCCUCACAUUCUUCUUCGCGCUGAGGAGAAGCCUCUCGAGCACCGAUCUUUCUCCCCCGCCGUGAUCAAGACACUCGUCGAUGCUGGAUACCCCAUUUCCGUCGAGCGAUCGUCCACAGACCCCAAGUUCAAGCGUAUUUUCGAGGACUCAGAGUAUGAGGCUGCUGGUGCUCGUCUUGUCGACACGAGUGUCUGGCCCAACGCUGAGCCUGGCACGUUGAUUUUGGGGUUGAAGGAGAUCCCGGAAGAGGACUUCCCUCUCAAGAAUGACCAUAUCACAUUUGCCCACUGUUACAAGAACCAAGGAGGAUGGGAAAAGGUCCUCGGUCGCUGGGCACAGGGCGGUUCGGUUUUGUAUGACCUCGAAUUCUUGGUGGAUGAGCAAGGGCGCCGUGUUUCUGCAUUUGGGUACCAUGCCGGAUUUGCUGGCGCCGCGCUCGGAAUCAAGACACUUAGCCACCAGCUUUUAGACCCUUCCACCAAGCUCCCCUCCGUCGAGACAUUCACCGAUGGCCGUGGAUACUACCUGAACGAGGAUGAGCUCGUCAACCAGAUUCGCGAGGAUCUCGCCAAGGCUGAGAAGGCUCUCGGGCGCAAGCCCACUGCUCUUGUCCUUGGUGCUCUUGGACGAUGUGGUAAGGGUGCUGUUGAUCUGUUCCUCAAGGCUGGUGUGCCUGAUGAGAACAUCACCCGUUGGGACUUGAACGAGACCAAGGACCGUGAUGGCCCUUAUGAGGAGAUCGCCAAGGCUGAUGUCUUCCUCAACGCCAUCUACCUCUCCAAGCCCAUCCCCCCUUUCAUCAACCAAGAACUCCUCGCCAAGCCAGGCCGCAACCUUGCCGUUGUCAUCGACGUCUCGUGCGACACCACAAACCCUCACAACCCCAUCCCCAUCUACUCCAUCAACACCACCUUCGAGGACCCCACCGUCCCUGUUGAGAUCAAGGACGACCAGAACAACCUCCCUCUGUCCGUCAUCAGCAUUGACCACCUUCCUUCAAUGCUUCCCCGUGAGGCAAGUGAGGCUUUUAGUGAGGGUCUCAAGGAGUCGUUGCUUACGCUCAAGGAUCGCAAGACUUCGCGGGUGUGGGCUGAUGCUGAGAAGCUCUUUAAUGAGAAGGUUGCGCUGUUGCCUGAGGAGUUGAGAUCUAAGAAGGUUUAAAAGUGCUAUUUACGUUGUGGUUGAGCUGGCUAUAUAGACCGGAAUAGAAGGCUGUAAGAACGGCCUGAUUGACACAUUUGGACAUUUACUUCAUGUGAGCGUUGAGUUACGGUGUUGCUCAACAGGAGUAGUUUGUUAAGCCACGACGAGCAGAUACGUAUAAUACAGGGGUUCUUCCUUCAAUAACUUAGCAAUUGAGUGCAAGUUGAUACACCAAACCAGCCGGUACUUGAACUCAACCAUCUCAUGUAAACUCCUUAAAGAACACUCUCAUUCUUGAGCCACGUCUCUCAUCACAACCCUUGUAGUCCAAUACGACGUCCUAUUUCCGAGGUACACA